CAUUCACAUUUACGGGUUCCCUGUCUGAACUGAAUGACUGGUGCUGGCCGCUUGCGCACAUGCGUCUCGCCGCCUUUCUUUCCCUUCAUUCUCUGCUUGUCGGUGCGAACGGAUUGAGUGCUUUAAAAAAAUAUAUCAAAAGAGAGGCUGUUUAACAGCUAGCCAGUUGGAUUGGAGUCUAUGAAAUAAUGCUGAAGUUGAAAAGUAAUGCCCGAGGAUGCUAAACCGGGUGGCAAGCCUGAUUUCAUCAGAGAAGCGCAAGUCUUUUGUGCUCUCAUCCCCCAGCUCAUCCCCCAGCUCAUCCCGUGUUGCUUUGUCUUUAAUUUGCCGUGCAGCGAGAAGGACGGUCCCCAGCCCGCCGUGCCCCAGGUGGAGUUUGAGCGGGCGGCCAUGAGCCUGUACGGAGCGAGCGGCGCCGGACUGGACCGCUCCCGGGACCGCCGGCGCUCCAGCGACCGCUCCCGCGACUCCUCCCACGACAGGGCGGAGGGUCAGCUGACGCCCUGCAUCCGCAACGUCACCUCCCCCACCCGCCAGCACCACUCUGACCGUGACAGAGAGGGGGGCUCCUCCUCCAGGCCCUCCAGCCCUCGCCCCCCCAAGCCUCCUCUCGGCACCCCAGGAGGAAGCCUGGCUCUGGGCAGCAUGGGCCCGACCUCCUCCCUGGGCCACCCACUGUGCUCCGACAUGAUCUACGUGUACGACCUGAUCCGGGAGGGGCCGGGGCUGCGUGGCGUGCGCCCCGCCGAGAGGGUCACCCUCAUCGUAGACAACACGCGCUUCGUGGUCGACCCGGCCAUCUUCACCGCUCAGCCCAACACCAUGCUGGGGAGGAUGUUUGGUUCAGGGCGGGAGUACAACUUCACAAGACCCAAUGAGAAGGGCGAGUUUGAGGUGGCUGAAGGGAUCAGUUCCACUGUGUUCAGGGCCAUCCUGGAUUACUACAAGUCGGGGAUAAUCCGCUGUCCCGAUGGCAUCUCCAUCCCAGAGCUGAGGGAUGCGUGUGACUACCUCUGCAUAUCCUUCAACUACAGCACCAUCAAGUGUAGAGACCUGAGUGCCCUGAUGCACGAGCUGUCUAACGACGGAGCGCGGCGGCAGUUUGAGUUCCACCUGGAGGAGAUGGUGCUGCCCCUGAUGGUGGCCAGCGCCCAGAGCGGAGAGAGGGAGUGUCACGUGGUGGUGCUGACGGACGAUGACGUGGUGGACUGGGACGAGGAGUACCCACCGCAGAUGGGAGAGGAGUACUCACAGAUUAUAUACAGCACAAAACUGUACAGAUUCUUCAAGUACAUUGAGAACAGAGAUGUAGCCAAGUCCGUGUUGAAGGACAGAGGCCUGAAGAAAAUCAGACUGGGCAUUGAAGGUUACCCCACCUACAAGGAGAAGGUGAAGAAGCGCCCUGGGGGUCGCCCGGAGGUCAUCUACAACUACGUCCAGCGGCCCUUCAUCAGGAUGUCCUGGGAGAAGGAGGAGGGCAAGAGCCGCCACGUGGACUUCCAGUGCGUGAAGAGCAAGUCCAUCACCAACCUGGCGGCGGCGGCCGCAGACAUCCCCCAGGACCAGCUGGUGAUGCUGCAGCCGCCCAACCCCCAGGUGGACGAGCUGGACAUCCAGCCCCAGGCCCAGCCCCCCAGCUACCACUACGAACCCCCGGACUCUGACUCUCCCUCGCCAGCUGUAUGAGGAGCGGACCCCCCCCCCCCCCCCCCGACCCCUGAACUUACUGCCUGCCUCUCAAACACCCCCUCCAUUUGCUGGAUCAGCUGCCACUAUGAAGUACUCCCUUCCUCCUCCUCCUCUCUUUUCUCCUCUCCUCACCACUUCUCUCCUCUUCGUCCUCUCCUCUCCCCCCCUCCUCCUCUCCUCUCCCCCCCUCCUCCUCUCCUCUCCCCCAGUCCUCCUCUCCUCUCCCCCCCUCCUCCUCUCCUCUCCCCCCCUCCUCCUCUCCUCUCCCCCCCUCCUCCUCUCCUCUCCCCCAGUCCUCCUCUCCUCCACUGUUGGCAGCAGGAACCACUUCUGCCUUGUUGCAGCUCUUCUGCAGCCUUCCAGAGCCUCAGACAGGAAAAGACUGACAGACUGGCACAUCGGGUCAAACAACAGCCACGGACGGAGAGGCGCACAGUAAAGCCACUCCUCCACAUGCGAGGAUUUUUUUUUUUUACUGACCAAAGGAGAUUUUGUAUUUUUUAUCUGUAUUGUUUUUACUUCACAGAAAAGUAGAUUUUAUUAAAAGGAAUAUAGUCAGUUAGGAUGUGAGUUAGGGUAUGUUCCUAUGUUCUAGGUAGAGCUCCCCACCACGUCCUUAGGGCACCUCACACUGCACAGGUCACAUGUUUAGGAAGCCCACCCCAGCGAACAGGAAGCACAACGAAGGUUUGUCGUCUUUGUCAACGUACCCGCCCCAGGGCUAGCUACAACACAGCUGACUGAUAGAACAUCCUCAUCCUUCCUGCACAGCCCUGGUACCUAUUGGACGGAACACACCCCGAGUGUUGGUGCUGCUUUGUUGAUGUACUGUACUUCCCCCUGUCCUGGGGUGUGCUUCUCGGACCAUGGCUCCUCUAGCGCCCCCUCUGGGUGUGGGUGUGUUGAGCCAGCCUGAUUAGCAGGUAUGAGGCUCUCUCUGGCCUGCUGGGAUAUCAGGCUUCACUCUGAAUAAAAUAAAAUCAUUAUUUUUUGUUUUUUAAA